AAGCCCACAUGGUAACAGAAGUAAAAUCAUAUCUUCGGUAUUCCAACGAAAUAAUAAAAUCGAACCAUGUUACUACAUGGAAGAAUGUGAUAAUUAUGCUGUUCAAACGGAAGAUCCAUGCUUUCAAUGCGUCGACAUUCCAGCAAAGAUGUAUACUACUCUCCAGGAUGCAACUACGACAGUUACAGACAUAUGCACAGUAUGUAAAAAAGAAAAGAUUCCGCAAACCGAUAUAUUUCAGUAUUCUAAUAUCUACAAGGAUAACGAAGGAAGAAUUUGCUGCGAUUUGUGUGCACCUUCACAUUCAAAUAAAAUACCGAUUAUUAUAAAUGAAAGCAAAGAUAUCUUACAAAAGUGUUCUGUUUGUGGAAAUUUUCCAUGUAUAAUUGAUGCUCGUAGCAUAGGUGUUGUUUAUAAACACGAUGAGAAACCUUCUUACUGUAUGAAAUGUGGCAAAUUACAAUCUUGAAAUAUAUCUGUGAUAUGUAAUUUAUUAUAAA